UAGGGACCACCACGAUAGUAUUAUUAGUAUAACUUAGUGCGGGCCACCGAGGUAGACGAGACGAUUCACAGUGCCAUUGUUUAGUUAAUGCGUGAAAUGCAUGACUGUUUACCACGAACGAGAUUUUGCCAGUGAUGUAUGAAUGUGUUGAAACAAAUAUACCCAAAAAUGAAUAUCAAUAUUCUAAGACUGUUCAAUACAAAUAUUCCAAAAUUACACCAAGAAUUGAAGGACCGCACCAUUUUAACCAGGUUAUGUUCUCGUCAACAAAUUUCAACUCGGGUGAAAAAUGUUUGUACAGAAAGAAAAGCUCCCUGGAGCGUCUUGUUCUUUGGCAGUGAUGAUUUCGCGUUACAGAGCCUUAGGCAACUCUACCACAAGUAUGAAGCAGGGAAAUUGCUAAGUCGUCUCGAAAUUGUUACUGCUUAUGGUGGAAAAGAAAAUACUGUCACAAAAUAUGCGAGACAACACAGGAUACCGAUACAUAACUGGCCACCAGAUAUCAACCUGUCUGAAUUUCACAUUGGACUGGUCGUGUCCUUUGGGCAUUUAAUUCCAUCUCGCAUCAUACUCUCUUUCCCAUUAGGCAUGUUAAACGUCCACGGUAGUUUGUUGCCUAGAUGGAGAGGUGCUGCACCAAUAAUAUAUGCACUGUUGAACGGAGACAGUGAAACAGGUAUUAGCAUUAUGAAAGUGAUGCCAAAAAAAUUUGACAUUGGAGAAGUGGUGGCUCAACAAAAAUUAAAUGUUCAUCCUGAUGAAACAAUGCCAGAGUUACGAGACAGAAUGUCAAGGCUUGGUGCAGACCUUCUGAUAGACACUUUGAAAAGAUUGCCAGAUAUUUUAGAUCAUGCUGAACCACAAAGUAACGAAGGAAUAACUUAUGCACCCAAAGUAACUCCGAAGUUAUCUUUAGUAAAGUGGAAUGAAAUGACUGCUAAGAAUGUUUAUGAUUUGCAACGUGCCUUGUGUGAAUUAUAUCCCCUGACAACAACGUUUUUGGGUGCAACACUGAAACUCUUGGAUGUUCAGGUACUUAAAGACCCACUUCCAGGACAACAAGUGUCUGACAUAGUGCCAGGUCUACUGACAUUCAACAAAGAGCUGAAUAAAUUAGUGGUAUAUUGUCGAGGGAACACCAAAAUUUCAGUUAGUAACAUAGGCUGUCCUGGUCGACCGCCCAUGUCAGCUCGUGAUUUCUAUAACGGAUUUCUUUCGAAGAACAAACGAAAACCGUACCUUUUUUCGUCUUGAUUCUUAGGUAAUAAAUAGAAACAAAAUAAAUUGUAAUAUAAGUAGAUAAAAGUUAUACGACAUAUGCUAUGCAUUUUUCAUUUCACAAUGACAUUUUUCCACUUAGUUGGAUAUCAAAAUCGACCGUUCAGAGCCUAUAAUUCGAUAUAUUGGCUGUAAAAUUUUUUCAUCCACCAGCGUAGCAUCUUUAGACAUGUGGAAAUUGAUUUUUCAUGAAAAGCUGCAAUGGACUGACUACAAAUGAAUUCGAUUCCAGUGUGUUUAAGAAAUUGUUAAUUCUUCCAGAAAAUGAAAGAAGCUAAGAAGUUUUAUGCACAGAGUUACGUUACCGACCUAAGAGUACUAACGAGAAUUAUUUUAAUUUUUCUCAAAACCUCGAUUCAAUUUGGAAUUUAUUGAAAAAUGAUUGUUAUCGCGAGAAACGGCUUUUGAGCUUAGAUUUCGCAAAUUAUUCGGUUGUUCAUAGAGUGCACUUUCUACAUCUGAAUAAUGGAGUCACAAAUAAUUUAUCUUCAAUUUUUUACAUGACCUCAAAAAUUUCAUACGAAACUGCUGCAGAAUCAAUCCACAGAACCCUUUUCAGAUGUAUUUUCGAUAAAGAAACGCAUCACAGUAAUUUGACCAGAAUUCAUUGAAUUUUGUUAUUAGGAAUUCGUCAUAGGCUAAUAACUUUAUGGAAAAUAUACAUAAUUAUUUUAUUGCAAAAACUCGCGAGCUUAACUUUCUUGCAGAGUAUGUUACCGCAGUAUGAAUUUUUCCUAAUAAACAGAAACAUUGA